AUGUGGGUAUCAUACGCACUGGUAAAGCGCUCCUGGUUUGCACCAAACAGACCGGCACGUUUUAUAGAGACUGUGGCACGAAGUCGCUUGCAUAAAGCGUCGUUCAAGUCGCGGGCUCGAUGCCUGUGCAACGCUUCAAACGACGUACCGCCCCGACGGAUCGUAUUUCUGGGGACCCCUCCAGUGGCGGAGUUGGUGCUCGCUCGCAUCGCCGAAGCUACUGGACAGGUUCCCAGAGCGACCGCGGAGCCGGUGAACUUGACCAGCGCAGCAAGUCCAGGAACGCAGCACGUUCCGUUCAGGGUUGUUGGCGUCGUGACACAGCCGCCAGCGCCCCAGCGUCGCUCGGGAGCACCGCAACCGAGUCCCACACACCGGUAUGCGGUUGAUGUGAUGCAGGUCCCGGUAUGGACGCCAACACGACUAGCACGUGACGAAAGCUUUCUUCGUCUCUGGGAAACGGAGCUGCGACCGGAUCUUGCCAUUACUGCUGCGUAUGGACAACUGCUUCCGGAGCGCUUCCUUCGCGUUCCACCGCUCGGUGUGCUCAAUAUUCAUCCGUCUCUCUUGCCGCUGUAUCGUGGUGCAGCGCCAGUCCAGCGAACGCUUCUGGACGGCUUGGAGUAUAGCGGUGUAAGCAUUGUGCGCACGGUACUGGAGCUCGACGCCGGCCCUAUUCUAUGCCAGGAGCGAGUCCCGAUCGACGAGAACAUUCAGGGUCCAGAUUUGCUAGAGCAACUGUUUGCACUGGGUGCAGAGCUUCUCAUUCAGCGAAUCCUAUGUCGGCGGGAUGUUGCCCGUGCAUCGACCGCAGCCGAGAUGGACGAGCUCCUGGGCGAGAUCCGUAUGCAAGACUCAAGCCAGGCCACAUAUGCGCCGAAACUCAGCAAAUGUGAAGGUGAGCUGAGCUUCACCGAAACUGCGUAUCGUGUCCACAAUCGCGUACGAGCCGUCGUGGACUGGCCUGGUGCCUGGAUGGAGCUGAUCGUUCGGCCCGGUAGCGAGGAAGCGCCGCAUGCGGGGCAACGCUUGCGUAUCAAGGUGCUCCGCACGCGCAUUGCUCGCCGUCAAGGCGGAGCAGCGCUCGGCAUCCAUCGCGUCUCUUUCGUAGAGGACGCACUUCGCGUGACUUGCGAUGACGGCUCACAACUGGAUAUCCUUGAGGUGCAAUUACCUGGAAAGCGGGUGCAGACGGCUCGGGCGUUCUGGAAUGGCUUGCGCGGACGGUUCCUCGAACGGCCACGGGAUCCCUAUCCGCCAUUAUAUGAGACUCCAGCCAGAUGA